AUGGCUGAAAGAGUGAAGACAGAAGUUGGGAAGGUGGACAUUCUCAUCAAUAACGCUGGCAUAGUUACAGGAAAAAAGAUUUUCGACUGUCCUGAUGAGCUCAUGGAACUCACAAUGGCCGUCAAUACGCAUGCGCUUUUCUAUACGGCCAAGGCUUUCGUUCCAGCUAUGAUACAAGAAAACCAUGGUCACAUAGUGACGAUUGCGUCCAUAGCUGGAAAGGCUGGCGUUUCAGGACUGGUCGACUAUUGUGCGUCGAAGCAUGGCGCUGUAGGCUUUCAUGAAUCACUGACAGCUGAGCUGGAUGCUCGUGGUAGUACUGGGGUGAAGACGACCGUCGUGUGUCCAUACUAUAUUGACACCGGAAUGUUCGAGGGAGUACAGACGAAAUCACCAACGUUACUACCUAUCUUGCAACCGAACUACGUGGUUGAUUGUAUUAUGGAAGCUGUUCUAACCGACAAGGAAUUGAUUUCGAUGCCUCGUUUUAACUACUUCGUCAUGUUUGCAAUGGGGUGA